CCAGAUCAUGGAUCUUUGUUAGCAGUAUACAAUGAUCGUUAAGUUGUCUAAAACCAUUUAGUUCCUCAUAGCGCAGCGCCCGUCACCAACACGGGACCCAUGACUAUACGUAUAUCGAAGCUUGAUCCCUUAGAGCUUGUCCAGUUGCUGGCUUUGCCAUCCUUGUGAAGAGAGAUUGAAGUCAGAGCUUUAGAUUGAUAUGGUAUAUCGCGGAAGACCCUCGACGGGCUGUUUGAAAUGUCGAAAACGAAAAAUCAAAUGUGAUGAACGGCCAGAUGGUUGCGUCAAGUGUGCAGAGAAAGGGUUCGAUUGCCCGGGCUAUGAGAGCCAACUCGAUAGGCUCUUUCAGGAUGAGUCUGCGCAUGUUGAACGAAAGGCCAAAGCGGCAAAAGCGAAAGCCAUUGCCUUGCGGAAGCAACAUGAUGACCAGGACAGAAUUGACCAGCGAAUGGCAAAACGCGAACACGCUGUCGAGCUAACUAUACACAUGCCACUUCUGGGUCCUCUGAUUGAUCAAGGUAUUAAUUUCUUCAUGUCAAAUUACGCCAUAGGAAUGAAUCAACCGCCACUGCAGUCAAAAUCUUACCACCAACACCUGGACACGUUCGGCUUCCACCCCAUUAUUGCGACAUCGAUGACGGCUUUGGGCUUAGCAGGAAUCUCCAACAUUUGCAUGGAUCGCAAUUUCAAGAGGGAAGCCACACAAUGGUACUUGAAGGCCCUCAAAAUGACCAAUGCAGCGCUUGCUUCGCCCACCCUGAUGAAGCAUGACAGCACUCUGCUUGCAACUAUGCUUCUAUGCAUGUACGAGGCUACCAGUAAUAAAUUCACGCUGGCAGGCUGGAGCAGUCAUGUUGACGGGUCAGCCUUGUUGUUGAAAAUCAGAGGCAGUGGUCAGUUCGCAACACCAUCUGGACGAUGGAUGUAUCAUCAGACAGUUGGGUUGUUGACUGCGAAUUGCAUGGGUAAAGGAGAGCCGAUUCCCGAAUAUAUUAUGGAGAUGAAUCAGGAAUCCGAAAAACAUGAAGAUAGCAAGCACCCAGGUAACCGAUUUUUCCAUGCUCACAUCGAAGUGAUCAAUUUCCGCGCAGACAUAUCGCAAGGACGGCUCAUUGACCUGGAAAAAAUCAUCAAUCGUGCACUCGAGCUUGACGCCAAAACUCAAGAUGCAUUUAAAGAUGCCGAGUCGGAAUGGUUCUAUAACGAAAUUCCUGUUGAACGCGGUAUUCCUGGUGUUUUUGGAUCGCGCUAUCACAUCUACACUCACAUGGCUGCUGCUCAGAUUUGGAAUUGGAUCCGCUACAUCAGGAUAUAUCUUCAUGACAUUAUCCGGAAUAGCAUUAUAUUAGGGUUCUCCAUGAGUCCGCCAUCCUUGUUCGGGAAAAAAUAUACCCACAUCCUACAGGAAACUACACAAACCCUCUACAACUUGCAAGCUGAUAUCCUUGCGAGCAUUCCUCAACUCCUACACGAUACCCCGAAAUCGCCGCUCCCAUAUUCACGCGAUCUCAUAAAUCUCAACACAGUCGAAAGUACACCAGUAACCCCCAGAUCGAAGUUCUUAUGGUCGAACUUCCGAGAGCAAAUUAGUUCCUCGUAUAAAUACUCUACAGAGGCUACCUCUACUGAACGGCUCCCCAUCAUUCGGGUGUCCGGGGGUUACACUCAACUAUGGGCUUUCUUCAUCGCCGGUACUAUGCCUAUCGCGACGCCUGAAGUGCAAGAAUUCGUAAUUCACUCUCUGAGUCGCAUAGAAAUGGAAUUUGGCAUCAGCCAGGCAAAGGUGUUUUCGAAUGCUUUGAAACUCAAGAUACAGAUGGAUAAGAAGGGAGAAACCCCUUUCCAGAUAGUUCCGACGUAUUUACCAAUGGUUGGAGAACACCUCGAAAUAUUCCCAAUGGGCGAAACUUAGAGAGGCGCCUAGUGCACACUAAAGGGGACUGCGGGCUAUUUAUUGGACUGCGAAAAGAUUCCUAGCAUAUCAUCGGACUCUUGCUCAGCGAGUCAAUGUAAAAGCAUGUAGGGAUUACGAAUUUGAAUUUGCAUUACAGGCCUAUGCAAAUUGAUGCAAGGAGAACAAGCAAUGAUUCCUCUUACAUAGACGUCGGAUCUAGUCAAUGAUAGAUUGUCG